AUGCAUAAUUGGACAAAUCAUUCAAGCUGUCCAUUUAACUGCACUACGGAUGACAACACAACUAAUGAAAGAAACGACUUUCCUGUUAACCUUUUCCCAAUACCCAUACUAACCGGGAUAACCGUUACCUGCACUCUACUUUUUCUUGUUGGAGUUACUGGGAAUUUAAUGACGAUUCUGGUGGUCACAAAAUAUAAGGACAUGAGGACGACCACCAAUUUGUACCUGUCCAGCAUGGCGUUUUCUGAUCUACUGAUUUUCCUUUGCAUGCCCCUCGACCUGUACAGAGUCUGGCGGUAUCGUCCGUGGAAUUUUGGGGACUUGCUUUGUAAACUCUUUCAGUUCGUCAGUGAGAGCUGUACUUACUCCACCAUCCUGAACAUUACCGCUCUCAGUGUGGAGAGGUACUUCGCUAUUUGUUUUCCUCUCAAGGCGAAGGUAGUGGUGACAAAAGAACGAGUGAGAGGUGUUAUCCUGGUUCUCUGGAUUGUGGCAUUUUUCAGUGCGGGACCCAUAUUUGUCCUUGUUGGUGUGGAGCACGAGAGCGGAACAGAUUCCUGGGAGACGAACGAAUGCAAGGCGACGGAGUACGCCAUCAGAUCCGGUCUCCUGACCAUUAUGGUGUGGGUUUCCAGCAUCUUUUUCUUCUUGCCAGUGUUUUGCCUUACUGUUCUGUACAGCCUAAUUGGGAGAAAGUUAUGGAAGAGAAAGAAAGAGAGCAUAGGACCCAACAUCUCAAGUCGUGACAAGAAUAAUAAACAAACUGUAAAAAUGCUGGCUGUGGUGGUGUUUGCCUUUGUGCUGUGUUGGCUGCCGUUUCACGUGGGACGCUAUUUGAUUUCCAAAUCAUCCGAAGCAGGCUCCCCGUUAAUGUCACUUAUAAGCGAGUACUGCAACCUGGUCUCCUUCGUGCUCUUUUACCUCAGUGCCGCCAUCAACCCCAUCCUUUAUAAUAUCAUGUCCAAGAAGUACAGGAUUGCAGCUUGCAGACUUUUUGGGGAGAAGCAGGCCCCACGAAGGACUGCGUCCGCCAUUAAAAGCGAGAGCUCGCCUGGAUGGACCGAAUCGAGCGUGAGCAUGUGA